AAAGGUGAGCCAGCCACGGGGACAAGGGCUGGCAGACAGCCCCGAACCCGGCCCCCACCGGCCAUGCUCCAGCGCACCUGGUCCUACCUGCUGUACCUGUAUGGGGCCCUGAUCGGCGUCCUGAGCCCAUGCACCCCCCCUGCCCCGCUGCCAGCCAGCGGGCUGGACCGGGACCAGUUCCCCCGGCAGUACCUGGGCACCUGGCACUUCAUUGCCGCCGCAGCAGCCACCCCUGUUGCCCUGGAGAUCUUCGCGGGCACUGACGGCUCCGUCUUCCACAUGGGGCAGGGCCCCCAGCCCCAGCGCCUACAGCUCCGCGCUGCCCUCCGCCUGAAAUCAGGGGACUGCGUGCCCAGAUCAUGGAUUUAUCUGCUUAACGAAGGGAGCACCGACCUGACCACAGAAGGGCGGCCGGGAAUGAGGACUCAACUGUUCUCCAGCAAGUGUCCAGACACCAUCAUUGUCCAGGAAACUGACCGAGACUAUCAAAGGAUCCUACUGUAUUCCCGCACCCCCCAUCUGGCGGACGACUGCAUUGAGGAUUUCCGGAGCCAAGCCUACUGCCUGGACAUGGAAGAAUUCCUGCUUAUCCCCCGCAGCCAAGACACCUGCCAGCUUCAGGAUUCCUGACUGACCCACUGCCAGCCCCCCAGGCUGCUGCGACUGGCCCCUCUGAGGAAGCACCCCCCCCCGAAGACUGACCCCUCAUUCGCCUGGAGGAAAAAACUCCAUUUCCGCAGAGCCUGGCAAAUAAAUCCCA